AUGGUAGGUGAGGUGCGGCUCAGGGGAUAUGGCAUGAGUAGGAAACAUCAAUCAUCGAUGUUCAAAACCUCCAUUCCUCCAGAAUCUAGCAUGAAGCACAGCGGAACGCGUUGUUCAGCGGAAAUCUACUCCAAAGCUUCCUGUUCAACGCAAAAGAUGCAGAUAAAAGUCAGAGCUCGACUCGUCGGGGUUGGCACCCUUUCCAGCGGUGGAGGCGGCGGAGGUGGAUAUAGCGGCGGAGGUGGUGGAGGUGGAUAUGGUGGAGGAGGUGGAGGCGGCUCCAGAGGCCCCAGCGUGGUCCGGGCUCAGCUGGUUGGCGUGGGCUCCCUUCCGAGUACCGGCGGUGGAGGCGGCGGUGGAUACGGGGGAGGAGGAGGUGGAUACGGAGGAGGAGGUGGAUACGGAGGAGGAGGAGGAGGUGGAAGAGGUGGCGCUAGUGUGGUUAGAGCAAGGCUUGUCGGUGUUGGAACUCUGUCUGGCGGAGGCGGUGGAGGCUCAGGUGGAUACGGCAGCGGAGGUGGAGGUGGAUACGGAGGUGGAGGAGGUUACGGUGGAGGCCGCGGUUGGUGAUGUGGAGUCGGGACAAGAUAACGUCCAAGAAGAUUCACUGACACCAAUUAAAAAUGAA